AUGCCGGUUCAGUGCUUUUAUCUUUUAGGAGAGCCCGUGGUAACCGCGAGGGAAAUUGAGGUGGACUCAGCGGUGGAUUACAAUGGACUCAGAAACCUCAUCGCUGCGCAUUUUGCGAUUGUUGAGCCAAAUGGCAUUGGUUUUCAGAGUGAGGACUCGGCAUUGUUCGUGGUAGCAGAUAUCAUCGCAAGCAGUGAUCCAGUCAGUAUUACAAUUGAUGGCAAUGCUGUGCGAGAGAUUCCUGGUCCCAAAGGCCUGCCAUUUGUCGGAAACUUCUUUGAAAUUUAUCCAGACCACCUGGGAAACCAUCAGCGUCUCUUCGAGCAAUAUGGGCACAUCAUCAAGACCACCAAUAUGGGCCGCACAAUAUAUCACACCAACGACCCUCAACUGUCUGCUAUUGUCUUUUCCGAGACCGACUUCUUCACAAAAAAGAUCAAUAGCUCUCAUCCACUCUUUCCUAUCAAAAACGACCAAGCGGGAGUUUUCCUGGGCGACACAGACACACCUGAAUGGCGAGCAGCGCAUAAAUUUCUUCCGCCAGCGUUAGGCCCCAAGGCUGUGCGUCAUUAUGCCCCUACAAUGCAAGAAACGGUUGAGGACUCGUUCAAGGUCUUUGACACACUUGAUGAGCAAGGCGAGGCAUGGAAUGUAUAUCAAUACAUGCUCAAGCUCGGCUCGCAAGCAGUUGGCAAGCUGGUUCUUGGAAUGGACUUUAAUCACUUUUCAUCGGUAGAUGCGCCUCCUCAUGAGAUGAUCUACCGGAUUGCGGAGACCUUGGAAUUGAAUAAACAAGUAGCGGCAAUGGGUGACUGGUAUGCUAAUAUGCCAUUUGGUGCUCCUAAGCGGCUUAGAGACAUUAGAGCGCGUGUUAUCGAAAUGGUCAAUGAGUCAAUUCGGAAUGCCGCCCGAGGGGGUGUUGAAGAUCUUCCUCUACAGGAUGCUGCUCUCACGGCAUCAAACAUGGUUGACUAUGCAAUUCGGGCCACAGACAACAAAGGAGAGAAGCUGCCCAAGACCAGUCUGAUGCAGGCUUUAGUAGUAGCCACCGGGGCUGGAUUUACCACAACCAGCUCAUUGCUGUCUUGGUUGAUCUAUGGACUCGUCACAUAUCCUGGUGUGCAAGAGAAACUGUUGCAGGAGCUGAUUGAUCAUGGAAUUGAUGCCGACACACAAAUGACAGCCGACCUGACAGACCGUCUGACUUUUAUGGAUAAAUACAUUAAGGAGACUCAGCGUCGCCAUAAUCCCUCCUACCAACCUGCGCGCACGGCCAAGGUGGACAUGAUUCUCCCCGGAGGCUAUAAGCUCCCCGAAGAAGCUGUCGUGAUCCCUGCUCUGCAUCAUAUCCAUAACAACCCAGCCAUCUGGGACAACCCGGCGCAGUUCAACCCAGACAGAUGGGAUACGGAUAAGGUCAAGAACCGACAUAAAGCAUCGUAUAUUCCCUUCGCUGCAGGUCCCCGCAUGUGCAUUGGCUUCAACUUUGCCCUGCAGGAAGUCAAGGUCUUUUUGCCCAAGCUGGUGUACCGAUAUCAGUUCACAAGAGAGAACGAAGGAACCAUCGAGUACGAUCCUAUGUUCCAAUUGAUUCGGCCCAACAAUCUGUAUGUGCGGGCGGAGAAACGAGUCAAGUGGCCACCCAGGACCGAAAAUGUCGCUGUGUCUGCUUCCCUAUGA